CUCGUUUGGCUGGAGGUUGAGAGCGCUUCUUUCUGCUCCUGCCAAACAUUCCCAGCCAGUCGGCCGCGCUUCCCUUCUCAGCACGAACUCUGAGGAAAGAGGCGAGAGUCGUUCGCUUACGCCUCCUCCCCCUCGAAGACUGAGUAUGGGGUAACUGCAACACACAUGCGGAAGAAAUGUCAGCUCCAUCAAUGAAGGAAAGGAAGGCUUGCUGGGGAGCCCGGGAUGAGUAUUGGAAGUGCUUAGAUGAAAAAAUGGAAGAUACACCCAAGUGUGAGAAGCUUAGGUACUGUUUUGAAAAUUUGUGUCCACAACAGUGGGUUAAAUAUUUUGAUAGAAGAAGAGAUUAUUUAAAGUAUAAAGCAAAGUUGGAAGCAGGAGAAUUUCAGCCUUCAGAGACAACUGAGAAGUCAUAGCUAUUCAUCAACUUUUAUAAAUGCAUCCACCACCAAAGGAGCUUCAAGAAGAAGAGCAGCAGGCAUCAGUAAAGGACAGUGAUGGCCUCUAAAUAAUUUCAAUUUUCUUUAUCUGGUAUUGGUACGAAGGCUUCUAGCCCAUGUGAAGGGCAUGGUGAAGGGAAGGGGCACCCACUAAUUCCUCAAUGAGGCUGCGACCACCAAUAAAGUAUGAAUUGGUGCACUGUACGAACUCAAAUGUUACAUUGUGAGUUCAUUGCUGGGUUUUUUCCUUUCAAGUAUUGUUUCCUUUCCAUUGAGCCUUUACAUACACUUCGAUGUUCCUUUCUAGCAGGUGAGAAAGUAAAAUAAGCCAAGGACUAGUUAUUGUGCAAUUCUGCCAGUGUACUUGUGGGUAUGUUUGCAUGUUAACCUAUAUCUUCAGUGAAGCUAAUAACUAAUUUCUGAAUUGUUUACUUUUGCAAUGCAUUUUAUUAGAUAUCUGCUAUGAUAGGAAAGCAAGGGUAUUGCUAAAAGAGGAAGUUCCAAUGUCAUUUUGAAUAUUAAAGCUUGUGAAAGCAACUCAGAUGCUCCUCAGGAGUAGAAUUAGGUGUCUCUCCGCUGUUCUUUCUCCUCACUAGAGCCACCUGUCCCACCUUGCCUGUCCUCUCCUUACCCACAACUGAGCUAUAUGGACUAUAGGAAGGUGAUGGUCAGACAAACAGUAAAAUAAGUAUUAAGGGGUGUCCCAGUGUCUGUUUGGGUGCAUGAUCAGGUAGGUCCCAAUACUGUUUUCUACUUUUAUUGACCCAAGCAUAAAUGAAAUUCAGGCAGCAGGGUAACUCAGAAGAGGCAGUCUUAUUUUUGAAACCAUUUCACAAUACAUGCAAUACUGAUCAAGCCUGCAGGUUUCAGAGUGAUCAUUAACAAUUGGUGCAAGGCCCAUAGCUUCCUGUUGAAAUCCCUUCAUCUUUUAAACCACAAAUGUUCCAAUUUUGGGGGGUCCACUUUGGUUGCACUAUAUAGUGCUAGGGAACCCUGGCAAUAUGCCAAAUUAAAUUUGCUUCUUUGUGAUAUCAUUCUCACAUAGUGGCAUUCCUGUGGGUAUUUUGCCACCCUGGGCUCCUGCUGGGAGGAAUAUAAAUAAAAUAAUACAAUACUUAAUUAAUUAAUUAAAAUACUUUGUAGAAACAAGUGAAGGUUUCACAUAGAAAUCAUGGCCUGAACAUAAAAACUUUAAAAGUGUACAAGUGAAAGCAUGGUGGUAUUGUGUCAUACAACAACUUACUUGCACUGAGAGGGAAAAAGGAGAAUUGUGGAUGGUGGGAACAUGGACAACAGCACGGGUAGAAUUAAAAGUGUAAAUGCAAUAAUCCAGGAGCAUCUACUUCAACAGCGCUAUUAGGUCAACGCAGUGCUGUUUUGGAUGAAGUUUACAACUGACCCAGCUAUGGUGGAGGGAUUCCUUUGCAGAUGCUUCCUUUUGUGAAUUUGAAUGUUAUUUAGAAAUAUGUAACAUGUUUAAACUGCAACCAUGCAAGCAUUAAAACCUUGUGCAAAAGCAAA